GCUGCUGACAGAUCGUUUAGCAGUUGGUGGAUAUGGCUUGUGUAAUUGUAUAUCAGCAAAAGUCGAUAUACGGCUGAAUUGAUGUGCUUUCUUCAUUUGCAUUCAUCGAAAAAAAUGACGUUAUCGUCAAUGCAGAUGGUUUUGAAGUCAUUGAAGUUCCUGAGCGGCCGGAAGGGCCCUUGGAAGUAUUCAACGUGACAGAUACAAGAGCCCAGCUGCAGUGGUAUCCACCAAGAGAUGCGGGAGGAGGACCAAUCAUCGGCUACAUCAUCGACGCCCGAGAAUUAGACAAAAUAGACAUCAUCAGCCAUUUAGAAUUAGUGCCACCCACCUGUACCUCAGCCGUGCUCGAAGGACUGGAAACGGGACGACUCUAUCAGUUCCGUGUUUACGCGGAGAAUGCCGCCGGAAUGAGCGAAGCCUUGAUCGGUCCACGAUCUGUCCGAAUCCAGGCUGGAAUAGCCAGGCCGAGUUGUCCCGGCGUGCCGGUCGUCAUUCCUCGACAGGGUGGCGACGCCUUCCAACAGCUGGCCUACAGUAACAAGCCGGACGAUGCAGUCAUUCUCCAAUGGGCUUCACCCUACACUGAUGGUGGAACGCCCGUCAAUGGAUAUGCUGUCGAGCGGAAAGCUGGAACAAACGGUCAAUGGGUACGAGCGCAUCCGCUGGAUGUCCGCGAAACUGAAGUGGCGUUGACGGGCCUGCAGCCUGGACAGGAUUAUCGUUUCCGCGUCAAAGCGUCCAACGCGAUCGGAUGGUCGGAGCCGGGCAGUGAGUCGGAAUCGUAUCUAGUUCCGUACGAUCCCAACAACGUCGUCCGGCCUUCGUUCACCGUCGGAUUAAGGGAUGCCAUCGUUAUGGAACACGAGAAAGUCGAGUUUGUGGUGGAAGUUCAAGGUAUUCCGCCGCCCGAGGUCCAGUGGGUCGUUAACGCAUCCACCGAUUCCAAAGUGAUCGUGACGGAUCGCGAUCCGGACACGGGCGUGUCUACGUUAGUCGUCAAUGACGUCCUGGCUUGUGAUGAAGGUGAGGUGAAAUGCAUCGCCACCAACGAAGCCGGCCAGUCCACUUCGUCCGCAAUUUUGUCAGUGGAAGCUCCACCUAGGGCCGUCUUGACGAAGAAAUAUGAAGACGGACUUAUUUUCGAAGAAGGAGACAUCAUUCGGUUGAAAGUAGAAUUCACAGGUCGUCCCCGGCCGGAAAUCACGUGGUACCAUGAAAACAAACUGCUCGCACCCGACGGGCGCAUGGAAAUUGAAAUCAUGGCCGAUUGUACCAUCCUCAAAUUGGCACAGGCCAAACGGUCUGAUCGCGGUGAAUAUACUGUCAAAUUUCAGAGCGGACUGGGCGAGGACAGCGCAUCAUUUCUCGUCACAGUGGCCAAUCGACCUUCGGUACCUGGGAAACCGCAACCCGUCGAUGUUUUGGAAACAGUCGUCUCUUUACAGUGGGAUCCAUCCGAAGAUGAUGGAGGCUGUGAAAUAAGCUGUUACAUCGUUGAAUAUAACAGGCUGGGCUGGGACAUGUGGCUUAAAGCGGCAACGUCGCGUACCCCUCAAAUCCGUUUAGGAGAUUUGAUUCCCGGAUCGACUUACCUUUUCCGCAUUAAGGCGGAAAAUCCUUAUGGAGUGAGCGAGCCCAGUGCCCAGAGCGAUAUGAUUCGUCUGCCCGCCCGAAGUAACGAGACAUCAUGGGUUCCGGAUAUGACGUCAUCGGAGCUUGUCGAUCCCGAUGAUACGACCAUCUCCAGUUCUAAUUUAGGUCCGCGCGACAGCGAUCAGCAGGUCACUCGGUCUGGCGAUUUUGAUUAUCUGCCUCUAGACGCGUCUGAAUUGGAACUGGGUCGGUUAACUAACCCGUCCAUCCUGGAAACUCCUCCUGCUUUAGAAGUUGUGGGUGAGGUGGCGUUGAUGUCGGAACCACCUGACCGACCUGGACAAGUAGAAUUGGAUCCUCGUUACGCGUUCAGUGCGUCAGCUGUCCUCGAAAAAAUGGCCGCACCCGUCACAGUGUCGUCUCUGCCGGGAUUCACGUCCAAUGACGUGCUGUCUGGCAUUGGUUCCAGCACUUCGAGGAAUUCUUCAUCUCCGUCUGUGUCGCCAGAACGUCCCUCCCUGGAAGACGCUCUCUCGCUGGACGAUGACAGCAGCGAGGGCAGCAGUCACGAUGUUGUCGUACAACAACUGGAAGUCGUGGAACAACCUAUGGUACCCGUCCAGCAACGCGGGUUCCUCCUACCUCGUUCACCUGCUCGACUCUUUGUACACAACGCAGUUGUCCAGUCAGCGCUGAGCAGCGUGGCUUCUUCAUCGGCGCCGCUAACAUUGUCCGAUGUCUUGGAACAAGUGGCCGUCGAUGAUGCCGUGGCAGACAGUCAGCCCAGCACUGCUCUUGACCAAAUAGAACACGAUCUCCAAGAUGAGCUUCAAGUGUUGGACCAAAUCGAACUCGACUUUGGCGAUGCGAAGGCAGCCGGCCAAAACGAGGCUGGCCAAAGUGAUAAAGAAAUGAGCUCAUCGGACCAAACGGAUCAGAUCUUGUUGGAGCAAGAGACGGUGAUGGAACAGAUGAAGCCACCACCAACACCAUCGGACCAAUUCACUUUGAUGGAGCAACAUGUCGAGCCGCCGUCGUGCGACGUGCUGGAAUCGAGUGUGGCGAAAGAGAGCGAGGAGCCGGCCGUGGCCGAUCACGUGGACGUGCCAACAAUUUUGCUGCAGGAAGAAGAAGAAGAAGAAGAAGAGAUGCAUCAGGACGUGCAUCCCGUCCAAUCGCAUCCCGCGGCCAUCGACUCUGGCGUCUGCGAGUUGAUGGCUCAUCGUGGAAGUGACGGAGACGGGCAACACACGGAGCAGUACAGCGACGCCUACAUCACGUCGGCCGUCGACUCCAUCAGCAGUUGCGACUUUGGCGAAACGCCAGAACCAGAUGGUGUAGUGCUGGACCGACAGCCGAAAGGUGAAUGCACGUCUCCGCCCAUGAGUAGCCAGCCGAUGGCCGAGAUGGACGCCGACGUGGCUGCUCUCGCAACGGACGGACGGCCCAUCUUUUUGCGAUGCGUGACCGACCAGACGGUCAAAGUGGGCACGCGGGCGCGUUUCCUGGCCGAAAUCGUCAGCUCUUCUGCCCUGGCCGUCACGUGGUUCUUCAAUGGAUUACCAGUUUUCCAGCCGGGCGAAACGGCCCACGGCCGUUUCAAGAUGCUGCAGGAAGGCAAUUUCUAUUGCCUGGAAAUCUGGCCCGUCGCGCUGGAAGACGAAGGCGCCUGGACGUGUCGCGCCGUUUUGGCUGAAACGUUCGGCUCGGAAGAGGGCGUUUCGGCCACUGCCCAGCUCCGCGUUAUGGUGCCAAAAAGCUACAAAAGACCCGAAUUUGUGGAAGAUUUACAGGCGAUCCUGACGGAGGAAGGCACCGUCUCUCUCGAGUGCAAAGUCGUCGGCAUCCCGACGCCCGUCCUCCAUUGGUUCAAAGACGGGAAAGAGAUCAAGGCCGGCGAUGUCUUCGCUUUCCGUGCGCCGCACUCGGACUCUACGGCCGAAGAGACGGCCACCUCGUUGGGCCUCUACUCGUGUGAGGCCGUCAAUUGCAUCGGCAAGGCCGUUUCGACGUCGCAGGUGCGCGUUCGCAACGCUGCCCAGCAGCAACAGCAAUCGACUCCGAGUCAAAGCGAAUCUGCUGGACCGCCCGCCAUCAUCGAAGAGCCGUUCAGUCAGAAGAUUCGAGUCGGCGAAGACGUCCGCUUCUCUGUGCGCGUCAUGGUACCCCCCAAGCCCGUUCAAGUCAAAUGGUUCAAUAAAGACGUGGCCAAAGAGGGCGGCCCUAAAUACGUGGUCGGCGCAGACGGGCACGGAGGCUACUCGCUGGAUAUUACGCCGACGGACAUUGACGACGACGGCGAGUGGAAAGUGGCCAUCAAAAACGAAGGCGUCGAAGCCGAGUCCAGCGCUUCGGCCGUCCUGACGCUCGUCGUCCCCAAAAAUUACCGGCCGCCUCGGUUCCUCGAGAGCCUCAAGGCCGUCUUGACCGAAGAAGGACUCGUCAGUUUCGAGUGCAAAGUGGUCGGAUUCCCGACGCCGCAGCUCCAGUGGUUCAAAGACGGCCAGGAAUUAAAGCCGGGCGAUGUCUACCAACUGAGCGGGACCAAUUCCCUGGGAUCCUACUCUUGCGUCGCUCGCAACUGCAUGGGCACGGCCGUCAGCGCCGCCGAGCUGACCGUCGACGACAUCCAGAAUCAGCUCAACGACGAGGAGCGUCGUCAGCUGAUGGACGCUCACCGGCCGCCUGUGUUCGCCCAGGGACUGCGCUCCACCGAAGCCAGAGUCGGCGACGCCAUGCGGUUGACUGUCCAGGUAUCCAGCACGACGGAGAGCUUCCUGGUCACUUGGUUCCACAACGACGAGCCGAUCGACCUGGACGAAACGCACAAAUUCCGCAGCUGGAAAGAAGAUGGCGGACUCUGCCAUUUGGAUGUGGAGCCCCUGGAAUUUACGGAUGAAGCUGUUCCAUCAAAUUGA